CCAUCACACGUUCACGUAAUACUCCGUGAACACGCUGACUUGUUGGAAAUGCUCGAGUAUCUCAGAUCUGUCUGAUAGCGCACACUGGCUGCAGGAUCAGCGGAGGGAAAAAAGUGAAGCCAAGCCAAGAAAACACACUCCACUAUUAGACUGAGGAUUGGAUUAUUGAUUAGCACCAGUUGACUUCAUUGAAGGUUGUGUUGUGGCAGCACUUUCCCUGGCUAAAGGGCACGAGCUGCCAUGCCAUUUGGCUGCCUGACACUCGGGGAGAAGAAGGAUUACAACAAUCCCUCAGAGGUCACAGACAAAUAUGACCUCGGACAGAUCGUUAAAUCGGAGGAGUUUUGCGAGAUAUUCAGGGCGAAGGAUAGGAACACCUUGAAAAUGUACACCUGUAAAAAGUUCCACAAAAAGGACGGCAGGAAAGUGAGGAAAGCUGCCAAGAAUGAGAUAAUGAUCCUUAAGAUGCUAAAACAUCACAACAUUCUCCAGCUGGUCGACGAUUUUGAAACCAAGAAGGAGUACUUCCUUUUUCUGGAGCUUGCCACGGGCAGAGAGGUGUUUGACUGGAUCUUAGAUCAAGGAUAUUACUCUGAGAGGGACACCAGCAAUGUGAUGAGGCAGGUGUUGGAGGCCGUGGCUUACCUGCAUUCUCUGAAAAUUGUCCACAGAAAUCUUAAGCUGGAGAACUUGGUGUACUUUAAUCGUUUGAAGCACUCAAAAAUCGUCAUCAGUGACUUCCAGCUAGCAAAACUGGAGAAUGGACUCAUUAAGGAUCCAUGUGGGACUCCAGAAUAUCUGGCUCCGGAGGUGGUCGGGAGGCAGAGAUAUGGACGACCAGUGGACUGUUGGGCCAUAGGUGUCAUCAUGUACAUACUAUUGUCUGGAAACCCUCCUUUCUAUGAUGACUCUGAUGAAGAAGACCCGGACAAUCGUGACAAGAACCUUUUCCUAAAGAUUUUGUCUGGAGACUAUGAGUUUGAUUCACCAUAUUGGGAUGACAUUUCAGAUUCAGCCAAAAACUUAGUGGCAUCUUUGAUGGAGGUGGACCAAGAUCAGCGACUGACUGCUCAGGAAGCCAUUGCACAUGAAUGGAUUUCUGGAAAUGCAGCCUCCGACAAGAACAUCAAGGAUGGUGUUUGUGCACAAAUAGAAAAGAACUUUGCAAAAGCAAAGUGGAAGAAAGCUGUCAGAGUGACCACCCUCAUGAAGAGACUCCGGGCCUCCGAGCAGGGAGAUCCUGCUGCUGCAGGGGCUGCAGCUGACCCCAACACACCCGGCGACGCUGCUGGUCCUCCACCUGGCAGUAGUGGGAGCUUUGCUGCCAGUAUUAAGGCUGCUCUUAGUGAAAAGGCUCCAGACACACAGACUGCAACCAACCCUACACUCGCCCUCCCCACUGCAGCCAGACAGGAGGAGCAGCCACAGGCGCGCUGCAAUGGAGAUGUUCCCCAAAUGUUGCCGCAAAGCAAGGGAGACUAGGCACGAGAAGAGACCCUCGUCCCACAACACAUGUGCAGUAGAGUCAAUACAUUUGGCAAGAGAAAACCAUGUCUAUGCUGUUUAACUAACCCCCCCGUUUGCUGAGUUCCUCACAGCGUCAUGCUUUUACCAUCCUCUUAGUCUUGAUUGGUCUUUUGAAUAGUGUUCUCCAUUCUCCCUUGUUAUUUUAUGUAGAGGUCCCUUUAAAGCUAGUUGCUAAGUAGCUCUUUUGUUGUUUCUUUUCCCUGAAAACUGUAAAAAUUCAUGGUGUAAAUUAGUGAAAUCAACCCAUCUGUAUUCAUCUGCUCUUUGUAUUGAGGUGUGGGUGUCUGUUUGAGCCAAUUGCUAUUUUUUUGGCUUCAGAACUUACUAAUCUAAGUUCAUAUUGUUACUUAAAAUUAUGAGUUAAAAGCAUUGGUAAAUUGAUAACAGUGAGAUUUUUAAGAAAUGUGUCAAUUUAUUACACUACUUAUUUAAGUUAUUUCUUAAAAAAACACAUACAUCUAAUUGGAAUACAUCAUGCUGAUUUCUUUGUCAAAUUUACUUAUUAGGUAAAAAUGAGCUAAACAUGAUCAAAAAAUGUAUUCUUCCUAAUUAGAUAUGUGCAGUACAACUUCAGUCAGCUUACAUUUUUAUGGCAGCAAGAAAGCAUACUUUUAAGUUUAAGUGCCUUAAUAUUUGUUGCAGUUUUGUGCUAAAAUGUUUCAAAAGAAACAGCUUCAUUAUAAUUGCUUACUGAUUUCUUUGAAAUGUUUUAGCUGUUUUCUCUCCUAUAUUUAGUUCAACGCUGCUGUAUUGAUACUCGUGUUCUGUCCUAUUUCACACUUAAACUGAAAUACAAAAAACGACAUUUAGAGCAUUGUAUCUGGAGUGAUGUUUUAGCUGUUGUUAUUGUGUUAUCACUCGUAAUUUGUAAAUUUCAGUGGUUAAAGCUGAUUCCAUAACAUGUACCACUAUGUAUAUUUGCAUUGUAUACAUGUGUAUUUUUUUAUUUGUGUACUUAGCAACAUUUAGCUGAGCUAACAGGUUGCUACGCUUGUGAAUGAAUAAAACUAGCAAUACUCUUAUUGCUGAAACUGA